ACCAAACUUUGUAUGCACCCAUUCUUCUCCGUUGUUCUGUUCCACUGUGGCUGGCUGAAGAAGAAACUUUUCUUUCCUUUCUUUCUCUCUGUUCAUUACUUAACGCAUAUAUUCCUUCAAAUUCAUUCCUCAUUCCACUUUCUCUCACCCAAUUGAUUCCCUCUCUUCUCUUUCACACAUUCUCUUUUCAUCCCCCUUUUCUUCACGCCAACUCUCUUCUUGCUUUCUUUCUUCUUUAGAAUCUCAUCAUCACCCCACUCUUAUUAUCUUUCAAUUCCAAAUUGGUGUAAAACUCACUGUUCCCUUCAUCAUCUGUCUACUCAGAACAUUUUUUCUUCUUCUUUUCAGUGUAGAGUCUAGAAAGAAAAGAACCUUAGACUACAUGACCCACUUCUGAUUUCUCUUUGUUUUCAUCGUUGCUCCUUGGAAAAACUAAAAAAGUCAAGAUUUUUUAAUCUGGGUCUUGUCUUUUUUUUUUUUUUUUUGUGUUGUUAAUAAUUAUACAAUAUUUUCCUUUAUUUUCUCGGGGAAGUUACUUUGUUGAGAGUGUUGGAAAAUGUUGGGGGCUGCCUUGCAAUUUGGUGUUGUUCGUGGUGAGGAUCGGUUUUACAUUCCGGUGAAGGCGAGGAAGAACCAGAAUCAGCGGAAACCGGUUCAGAGAGAGAAGGGUGGUGAAACUGAAAGUGCUGAUUCAGUUUCAAAGAAGGAACUUGUUGCUUCUGAGAAUGGGAAUCCCAAUGAAUCUUCACACUCGUUGAACAAACCAUCUUCUUGCCCUUCUUUAGAGGCUGUUAAUAACAUUGAUAGGUUUCUGGAGUCAACAACUCCUUUAGUCCCAGCUCAAUAUUUGGCCAAGAAAACAAUGAGAGGUUGGAAUUGGAAGACUUGUGAUGUGGAGUAUCAAUCGUACUUUGCUCUUGAUGAUCUCUGGGAAUCGUUUAAGGAGUGGAGUGCAUAUGGAGCAGGAGUCCCUUUGGUACUUGAUCAAAGACAAUCUGUUGUCCAAUACUAUGUUCCUUAUUUGUCGGCUAUUCAGCUAUAUGGUCAAUCAGAUAAGAAGGCUAAUGCUAAGCCAAGGUACAGUGGCGAAGAUAACGAUAGUGAUUACUACAUAGAUUCAAGCAGUGACGGAAGUAGUGAUAGUGAAUUUGGAAAAAGGACUGAACUUUCUACAACACAAAAAAAUAGUCAAUAUCAGAUAGGUGAUGCUUUGUUUCAAAUGAACAGGUUGUCUGUAUAUGAUAAACACAGUACAAUGCAAGAGGGAUUUUCGAGCGAUGAUAGUGAAACUGGGAAUCCUCAAGAUCUUCUUUUUGAGUAUUUCGAUCACACUCCUCCUUAUAGCCGUGAACCAUUGACCGACAAGAUACUUGAUCUUACACGCCACUAUCCUAGCCUCAAGUCACUGAGAAGUUGUGAUUUAUUGCCAGCAAGUUGGAUGUCUGUAGCAUGGUAUCCUAUAUAUCGAAUACCCACUGGUCCAACAUUAAAAGAUUUAGAUGCUUGCUUUCUUACAUACCAUGCACUCCAUACACCCUUGACAGGAAAUGGAGGUACUCAGGCUCCAAUUUUGGUUUAUCCUAAUGACAUGGAUGGUGUACCAAAGAUUUCCUUACGAAUUUUCGCAAUGGCUUCUUAUAAGUUAAAGGGAUCUAUUUGGAUGCAAAAUGGAGUUAGUGAGAGUCAACUAUCAAAUUCUCUCUUGCAGGCUGCAGAUAACUGGUUAAGGCUGCUUCAGGUGAAUCACCCGGAUUAUCAGUUCUUUGUUUCGCAUGGCACAUGCCACAGGUGAACCAGAUGACAUGACAUUUCAUUCAUUACAUUCUUAUGGCUAAAUCUUAAAAAGCUAUUAGCCUUAAAUUUCUGUGUUCAUUGCUCAAUGCAAACUUGGUAUCGUCCACCCAUCUAGAGACUGAUGGAGUUUGGACUUCAUGUGGAUUCCUGUUACACAUGCAUAAGCAGCACAAAAAGAUGAGCUGGUCUCGAUUGAAGAAUGAAAUAGAGAUUGCUAAAGUGAAAAAACAAAAAAGAAAAAAGAGAGAUUGCUAAAGUGAAAAUAACAAAAAAGAAAAGAAAACUUGUUUUGUAUGGAGAAAAACUGUCACAUAAGAAGAAGGCCCUAAUGGAAAGGGAGGCAAAAGCUAAACAUACAGCAAAAGAGGUUCACAAGGAAGAAUAUAUAUGUGGGAUUAACCUAUAUGGUCCCAGUUUUUACUGCUAAAAUAAUGGUUGAGUUUUUUAGACAAACAUUUACUAGUUGUUAUGUUGUGAUCUAGAAAAAGAAUGGGUGAAAUGUGUAGAUUUUUCUGUAUAACAAGGUACAAUUUUGGCCCUAUGUCAGUGUAUCUGAUGAACAACAGUUUGGUACUUGGGGGAGAAGAAAUUAGAAGGUAAUGUACAAUAUUCUACCAUUUCAAGUAAGUGUUGUAUUGGAGAUAUUAAUAAUUGGCUCAAUUUAAAGCUUUAAUGUUCGGAAGAGUAUGAAAAUGGGGCUCUUUCAGUGUCA